ACAUGAAUGCAUUAAACCAAUUCAUGGAAUUUGCUAGCACAGAAAAGUGGACCAUACUGGGAGUUGAGCAUUUUCAAAUCACGGUCGGCAGCUCUAAAGUAAAUGCGACAAAAAACCUGCUAAAUCUGAGGGAAAAGGGCGCACGCGUGAUACUGUUGAGCUGCCCAGCCGAUUAUGUACCACAAUUGCUCAAACAAGCGGAGGGACUGGACAUGAUCAAAGAAUGGGUGUGGAUUUUGACCGAUGGUGCAAUUUCUCAGGAUAACAAUGAUAUUUCUUACGAGGAGGGACUCAUUGGCGUGCGCUUACCCGUCAGAGGUCGCGGCCAGCUGUUUGAUGAGGUGUCGGAGGAAUGGAGGAAAACUGGUGAAGAGUCAUCUAUCAAUGUAGGUUAUUAUCCUAUCAGUUAUCUGGCGCAGACAAAUCUUUGGCGGUAA